AUUGGGUUCAGGUAAUCAGGUGGAAGUGUUGAAGAAACCACGGGUUACGCAGACCGCUGUUUUCUGGGAACAAAAAUCAAAACCAACAGCGAGAAUAUGCUAUAAAAAGUGUCGCCCUUCUUCUUCAUCCGGCGACAACUUCUUGCUUUCGCAGACUGAUAGAGAACAUCGAGAGAAGUAUGGCUUCAGUGAAGAAAGUUUCUGUUUUAGCAGCGGCGAGCGUCGGCGCAGUGGAGGCGCUUAAGGAUCAAGCAGGGAUGUGCAGAUGGAACUACGCUCUGAGGUCUCUGCAGCAGCACGCCAAGAGCAACAUGAGGUCGCUGUCUCGGGCCGUGAGGAUGUCCUCCGCCGUCUCUGAUGGCCGAAGCAGCGAGCGAGCCAAGCAAUCGGAGGAGUCGCUGAGAAAAGUGAUGUAUCUCAGCUGCUGGGGACCCAAUUAGCGUUUGGUGAUCAGAUAUUUAGUUGGAGUGAUAGAAUGAAUACUGAUCAGCAGAGAAGGGAAGGAUGAACUUUUGAGGUUCAACUUGAGCAAGUAUAUAGUUUCGCACGUAUUGUAAUGAAUUUGAGUAGGCUAAUUAUUUCUCUCUUA